AACAUUACAUUAACAUCUAGGCUGGGAAAUGGCGUACCUAAACGCUCGGCGCACCUUAGCAUAUAGGCUGGCAGGAGCUCUGUCUUCGUCAUCCGCAAGCGCGUCUCGCUGUCGCUUCGCAUUGGCGUUGCACCACGCCAAACAAACCGUACCCAUUCCUCACCCGGCGAGUUUUGCGGUUCGGACUCAAUCUUCGGGUUCGGGUUACUCGCCCCUGAACGACCCCUCCCCGAACUGGAGCAACCGUCCCCCGAAGGAGACCAUUCUUCUCGAUGGCUGCGACUACGAGCACUGGCUCAUCGUCAUGGAGUUCCCCGAUAACCCUAAACCCUCCGAGGACCACAUGGUUAACUCCUAUGUCAAAACCCUAGCUCAAGUCCUCGGAAGUGAGGAGGAGGCUAAAAAGAAGAUAUACUCUGUUUCCACUUCUACGUACACAGGUUUCGGCGCCCUCAUUUCCGAAGAGCUUUCUUAUAAAGUCAAAGAGUUACCUGGAGUUCUUUGGGUGCUACCAGAUUCAUAUCUUGAUGUUCCCAACAAGGAUUAUGGAGGUGAUUUAUUUGUUGAUGGGAAAGUAAUUCCUAGGCCACAGUAUAGAUAUUCGGAUAGGCAACCCAGUAGGAGUAGACCUCGGCCACGGCAUGACAGACAGCGGCAAACAAUGCAGGUUGAAAGGAGAGAUCAACAGAACUGGAACCAAGGUCCGGGGGGAUCUAUGCAGCCAUCCACUGCAAUGAAUAGCCAAAACUUUGUGUCCGGUGGAGAGUACUAAGAAAUGUUUAUUGGGAACUCUGCUUUAGAAAUUAGCACAUGUAGAAAACAGAACUAAGUUUUUCUUAUGGGAGUUAUGAUUUAAGGUUCGGAGGUCAUAUUUUAUUUGUGUUUUUUUUUUUUUUUUUUGUGGUGUGGAAAAUGGCUGUGAUGAAAUUGUUUAUGAUCUGCUGAUGGAAAUAAAUUUCGUUUCAGUCUUUUCCCUACAUGUUUUAAUGUGUAAUUUGGAUCAGUGACUGUUAAAAUGGAUAGACUUGAAACAAACUUUGUUUUUGCAUCUGAA